UGAAACUACGUUACCCAGUGGGAAAAUUCACGAACGUGGCUAUGUAGUUUGACGUUCGCGAGGAGAGGCACAGUUGGCGCCUCUAGUUCAGUUUGAGUUUGCGUUUCGUCUUACGCGAUUUAUUUAUUAAUUUGAGUGCGCUCGUAACACCGCAAAUAGAUUUAACAUGGUUAGUGCUCCUCGUCAUCGACGAGGUACUGAAAUAACAGAUAAAUCGCGUUGAUAUUGAACUAUGCAGGGCGAAGGCGAAUUGCAAAAUUGGAGCCCCUACGCCAGAGAGUACGAUCCGCUGAAGGCGGGUAGCAUCGACGGGACGGACACGCAGCCUCACGACAAGGCUAUCAGCAGAGCGAUGCUGAUGCGCUACGAGCCGCCGCGCAAUCUGGAAUCCAAGUCGGAGAGAACUAUAUUUGUAGCUAGGCUAGGUCCCAAAAUCACUAAUAACGAUCUGAAAGAGUUCUUUGGCAAGCACGGCGACGUUGUUUCGGCGAAGGUGAUAGUGGAUGUGGUGACCGGACUCUCUCAAGGGUACGGUUUCGUGGAAAUGAAAAGCGAGGAAGAGGCUAGGAGAGCGUUAAGACGAACCGCCGAUGCGACAUUAAGGGGAUACAAAGUAUUUAUCGACUAUGAGUGCGGUCGUUCCUUGAAGGGAUGGAAACCGCGUAGGCUCGGGGGUGGUUUUGGCGGCAAGAAGGAGUCGGGGCAACUGAGAUUCGGAGGAAAGGACAGACCGUUUAAACGACCGAUUGUACCCAAUAUUUUAAGGCCGAAUAGAUAAACAUGUCUGCCCGACAUUUGCGACACCGUU